AUGCCAUUUGCCCUCAACUUUUCUGAUCUUCAAGACUAUGCACCAAACAAUGCAUACGACUUCAACCUCGACCUUUUCUCAUUGAGUGGCGACUGGGAUACCGCUGUAGACUCGGUUCCCCUCGACCAGGCUGCCACCGAGGGUACCGAUGCUCCUCUGGCUGGCCCAUCGGAAAGUUAUGUCCUCAACGAUACUUCUCCAUUAUCCUUGGAUGUAUUGUCAAAUACAGUAGGCCUUACAGAAGAGCAGUGUGGCCUCGAAGACAUGCGAGGCGAAGGGUGUGACAUUUCCGGGCGCUCAUACAGAACUCCAGAAGCGAGUGUCGCCGACUUCUUCGAUAGCUGGCCAUCACCAUUGCGGCCUAUCCCAUCAUCACAAGAUACCUCAGACCCAAUAACUCAAGAUAAUCACCAGUUGAUUCCCAAAGAAUUUGAGGGAUAUGAGGAACCAUCGGCAGAAGCACUGGUAAAUUCAUUCAUAAGCUCCUUGGCGGAGCUAAUCAACACCAACGACACGGUGUCUUCAGGAAGAGGGAGUGGCGUUGAAUCACCAUCAUUACCGCCAAUACCGUCCAUGGGACAGGCAGGUCCCUCUCGUUGGAGUCGAGAGCAAUGGGAUGAGUCGAUUCAGCAAUCGACUGACUGGAGUCAUGGCAUCGACCACGAUACAGCGAGGGCGUCUCACAGUGGAUUGUAUUCUCAAUACAGCCACUCAUCGUUUCCUCCGGAUGCGACACCAUCACCGCAUCAGAGGUGCUCAGAACGUAUGGGCGCUCCUACUCAGAUGACAUAUGAAGGGGAUACAGCGCCCAUACACAGUGUGCAUGGGAAUAAAAUGCCAUCUUUUCGAUCUACCUUGACAGGGAGCAGCAGUGGUACUAGUCAGUAUCAGGGCAUGAAUUACAACCAUGCUCAGCCAUGGUUUGGACCGGGUGAGGGUUUCAACACUCACCAAUCAAUGUCUUUCUCCUCGGCAAGAGAGGUGAAAGAAAUCAACAACAUUAGAUCCAUCAGCGAUGGAUGCAACGACGUCCGCUCCAGGCUCACACUUGAGCCCGUAGAGCAAACAAACAUCGAUGGCCAAACGAAUGACGGAGGGCGGGGAGCGGGGCCAGUGUUAGAGCAUGGCCAGGAGAAUGGCAGGGAUUCGAGCGCGCCGCGGCCUCGCAAGAGACAUCAAGAAGAGUUGGAGUCAGAAAGCGAAGACACAAGAGGCUCCAAAUCUAAAAAGGCCAGGCUCUCAGAAUCCCAGGAUACAAUCCGAGGCCCCGGGAUUACAGAGGUUGAGGGAAAGAGGGGCAAACCAAGGAACUUGAAUCCGAGGGCCCCAGCGCUCAUGAAGUCGUACGUACACGACAUGAUGCCACUGACAGAGCCUGGGGCCAAGGAAGGGGGAUUUGUCCCACUCGUAACAGCCGAGAGGACAGUGGCUAGCGAGGCAUUUGAUCGCCACCAAAUGCCCGUUAGCAUGGACAAUUUAGUGGUGGAGACCGGGAGUCCCGCCAUAUCCAAAAGGAAAAGGCCUAGGGGAGGCAAGAAGUCGAAAGCCUCGUAG